AUGUCCUGGACCGUCCGCAGCGAAGACAAGCCUGAGCCGAACAAGACGACCUUAUUGCCUUUCGCCUCCCUACCCAAGGCCUUGCCAGGGUCAACUUUGCGCAUCGGGCACUUGACCCUCUGUCGCUUGCGCUUGUUAUCUGUAAAGGAUCUCGUCAACUGCAUUGCUCAUCUUGGCAUGAUGGAGCUCUCUGUUGAGGAAGUUACAUUCGUGGACGGUGCCGUCACCCGUCUCGUCCGCCGGCGAUCCCGUCGCCAUUCGCGGCCGCAGGUUCUCCACAUCAUUCGGCGCUUUAAGGACGGAUACUCGAGUGGCCAAUUUGAACAAGCGAAUCCUCUCUUCGCCAGUCAAGGCCGGAUGCAUGUCAACGACGCGACUCUCGCUUUGUCCGAGAAGAUCUUAGCCACGCUGUCGUCCGGGGGCCCGCCCUACCGGGUCAAUCUGCGCUACAAUGCUUUCGACGGCACUGAGCCAUUGUCUCAGCUUAUUCUCCCUAAAGCAGGCCUAUCUAAUCGGUCGAUGAUAACGUCGAUCGAUUUUGGUAAUAUAGUCUCAGCUGGCGGCUCCCCGACCGCGCACGUACGGGUGCUGCUACCAGCCAAAACCUCAAGUUGUCAGAGAAUUGAAUACACGCAACUCGUCAUCCUGAAAACAUUACCGGCACCGUCCAAACUCGUACUUCAAUGGAACGGCAUCGAACAGGUGACCCUGGACCUACAUCCACCGUGCGCCAUCCCGCCCCUGCGCAUCACGUGCUCCAGCAGGGUGCAGGCAAUAGACGUGCUGGCGCACCUCUUCCUCCUGGAUGCAGUCCUGCCCCAUCUCUGCGCCCUCAACAGGGUCAGCGUCGAGAUCCACAAUGGUUGGCUCCCACUCUUGCUGGACGUCUCAGGUGCGGAGGUUCUCUCUGCGCUGAUGUGCCUCUCACUUGGUGGCUUGGACGUGGUCCUGAGUGAUGCCCAGCGUGCAGAGUGGUUAGCUUAUUCUACAGAUGACAAGAAACAGGUGUAUCUGCAGAUGUUGCUGUAA